GCGAUUGUACGAGGCGAGGGCAGUUAAGCAAGGGCUGAUUGCACACGGUAAGCAACCUGCUACCUUAUAGAGUAGGCAACCAAACGCCUGCGUUUGCUAAGCUAAAUGCAAUGGAGUCUCCCGACGGCGGUAGCGGCCAAGGAGCUACCCGUCCCGUUGACCAUCUUACGGAUGUGUUGAGCGGUUUGGAUUUGAGUGGCACUAGUUUGCAUCAAAAAAAGGCCCAGGAGAUGGCAACACCUGCUAGCCAAGCACGGCCCCGAGCCCGUCCACGGCAAGACGACGAUAAAGAAAAUGCUGGCACAUCUAACGACACAGACGGUGUUACGCCAAGCAGGCUCACAUGUUUUAAGCAAUUGAGGGAUGAGCUGACUUGCGCGGUCUGCCUUGAGAUAUGCGUUCGCCCCUGCACAACGCCAUGUGGUCACAACUAUUGUCGCAGCUGCUUGCGGCGCACUUUGGAGCUCAACCGUCCCUGCCCCAAGUGCCGCGCUAGUCUGCCGCCAGGUUUCACCCUCAGCAUCAACACCACGCUCUGGAACACCAUCCAGCACCUCUUUCCAUCUGAGGCAGCCGGCAAGCCGCUCACGCCGCCCCCACCGCAGCAACAACAGCCCCAUGCAGCGGCGCGGCGACCCGGCAGCGGCGCCUCGGGUGCAAACAACCCUGCUGCGGCGCCGUUCCGACCACCGAGGUUCCUGGGAGGCGACUCUGCCGCCCAUGCGCCCUUUACCGGCCUCUCCUCCUCCCGAGCCAACACAGCCGCAACCUCAUCAGCCACCACCUCCACACUUUUGGCUGGAGGCGGCAUGGGCCUGGCCAGCUUCUACGGCCGCAGCGUGUCGGGCCCCCGACCGCAGCGCUCCAUGCAUCCGACAGCACUAGGCAACGACCGCAGCGGUGUUGCAGCUCAGCCGCAGGGGCUCUUGGCCCAAGCGGCUUCCGCGGCGCAAUCGGGUCUGGUAGAGCUCGGCAUGGCGGCGCCACCGCAGGCACGGUCGUCACGAGGAGGAGGAGGAGGCCGCCCUCCUGCAGGAACUGCUGGAGCAGCGGCAGCGGGAGCAGCAGCUCAAUCGUCUGCUGCAGCAGCUGCUGCUGCAGCGGCCUCGCGGCGCGCGAGGCGGCGCUCUCGCAGCGCGGAGCGUUGGGAGGGGGAGCUAUGGCCGCUGGCAGGGGCCGGGACUGGAGAUGUGAAUGCGGAUUUCGGAGCUUCGGCAGCUCCGUCACGAGGUGUAUCCGCGAGGGUUGCGGCAGCUGGGCUGCAGCCGCCUUCGUUGCUGCAGCCGGCUUCCUCUUCACGGCUGAUGGAGCUUCUGGCAGACGGAGGAACAGCGGGGACACGAGGGGCGUCGGCUGCUUUUGCAGGCUCUCGGGCGCCUCAUGCGCUGCCUCACAACUCAGCACGUAACGCGCCUGCGCAACCCUCAGCAGGGGCGGGGGCACCUGUUGCCGGGGCAGGUAUGAAUUCAAACCCUUUCAUGCGCGCAUUACGGCCCGUCCAGACGCGCGCCCCAGCGGCCGGAGCCACCCAGGCAGGUACCCAGCAGGCCGCUCGGAACCCGCAUGCCAACGUCGCUGCUGGAAGCGCUGCUGCCGCCGCCGCCACUGCUGCUGCUGCGUCGACUGCCAUCGGCGGUGCCUUCACUGCCUCACAGCGUGCCCACAUCGGUGCACGAACCCAACUCGCCGUGCCCAGCGCUGCUGCUAGUUUGAACGCGACGACAGCUGGCGGUGCUUCCUUACAGCGCCCUGCGAAUGCAAACGGCAGCAGCGAUGAACGGCCCGCCAGCAGCAGCAGCAGUAGCAGCUACUUUAUCGACAGCAGCAGCCCCGGCAGUAACGCAUCAGGUGGCGGCGCUAGCAGCCCCGGCAACAGCAACAGCAGCAUUCCGGAUAGCCCCGUCGCGGGGCCGCUGGACGACGUUUCCGCACUUGAGCUGCUGCCUGAUGACCAGCACCCGCCACGAUUGCCGCGGCAGGAGCAGCAGCAGCAGCAGCACCCGUCACGACUGCCGCGGCAUCCUCCUGCGCCGCCGCAGGCAUGGGGGCGAAGCAACUCGCUAGUGGGUGCGGGUGCGGGUGCUGGUGCCAACGUCAGCGCGCCCGACCUGGGUCGGAGGCCGACGGGCUUCACGGAUGUGGGAGAGGACCAGGCGGUGCGAGUGGCCAUGGGUCGCCGCAGCGACACGGGCUAUGCGGCUGGACGAGACCAGGGCGCAGCGGCCAGGCCUUCAGCCAUGGCCUCGUCUUCGGCUGGGGCUGUUCCUGCCAUGAUGGCUCCGGCAGCCCUGCCAACUGCCGCCGGCCGCCGUACACGCCUGGAGGAGGACAUUGACCUGGACGAGGAGAUCUCGCUGGAGGGCUUGGAUGUUCUGUCACCGGCAGGUCCGGAGCUGGGGCUCCGUACGGCACAAGGGGUGUCGUACGCGGCUGAGGCAUUGAAUGGAGGAGAAGGCGGCGCAGAGCCAGCUGCUCCGUCGCCUACCUGGGAGGAGCUGGAUCGCAGGAUGGCUGCCGCGCUGCAGCCCGUGGUCGUCUCACCGCCCAGCCUGCCGCGCCUGCGCAUUCACACGCGGCCGGACUCGCCUCCGUCAGCUGCGGCCCCGGCCCCGACUGCUGCUCCCGUGCAGCAUGGUGGCCUCAACCAACAUGCCGCGGACCUAAACUCCAGGAAGCCCGCCUUGGCCGGCCCACACUCCGUGGAGGGGUCCCUGGGUGUAGCCGUGGCCUACAGCAUAGGUGCUGGAGCAACCAGCACCGCCCAGGGUUUGCUGGGGGCUUUCGGAGGUGAUGAUCGCGGUAUCGGCAGUCCGCCGGAUUCCCUUGGGCGUCAUAUGGAUCCGGAUUCGCCGUCCAACUAUGAAGGAGAGGAUCCAGCAGGUCGGGAUAGCUUCUUCACCUCGCCCUUCUUUGACCGCAGCAUGCUGCGGGACGGGGCAUCACAUGGGGAUCAAGAUGGACAUGAGAGCAAUGAUGAUGAUGUUGACGAUGAGGAUGAGGAGGAGGUAGUGGAGGAGGGCGGGCGUGGAGGGGCUAAUGGCCUUGCCGAUCAGCCCCGGCAACUUGAGAGCGCAUUCGCGUUGCUGGGUCUUGGGCAGGAUGAUGAUGAGGAGCAAGGAACCUGCCCUCGCAUUGCACACCAGCCCGCAGCCAGCAGCCGACAACAUGUGCAGGGGGCGGUCCAGCAGCGGCCUGUGACGCGAUCCAUGUCGCACCAGCAACCCCAGCGGCCUUUGCACUCUGCAGCAGCAGCACCCGCGGCGGCAUCUGGCGGAUUGUUUCCCUCUGGAACAGGAGCAGCAGGAAGAGCAGCAGGAGGAGCUGCGACAUCGAGAGGGCAACCCCUGCAGGUCAGGACCAGCACGACCGCCGCCGCCACAGGGGCCACAAGACAGGGGCUGCGGCAAGCCGGUGACCGGAAUUGCCCGAUUGAGCUGUUAUCGGAUAGUGACAACGAGGACGACGUGGGUAUGGGACGUGGGGUAGCGGGUGCGGAGGAUGUGGAUCAGGACGUUCCACAGGAGUCAUCGGUUUCUGGGCCGGUGCUGAGGACGAGUCGACGGGUUGUGUCUGGGUUGCGGCGGCCUAGGCGAGGGUGAUGGGGUGAGAUGUUGUGGUGACUCGGUUCUCCGGUGUGUGUGUUGGAGAAGUAGGAGAAGGAGGGUGCACUGGAGCCAUGCUGCUGAGCGGCUAGCAUCUGGCCACUCUGUCCAAGCAAGGAGCGCCCGCUCGUGUACUGUUUUGCGGUCGAUGAAUUGGCCAGUGGGAUUGAAUGUGUUGGUCAGUGCUUGUGUGCAAAUUGCGCAUAGGCACAGUACCUUUUUGGGGGUUAGGACUUAGGAGGAUGAAGAAUGGGAGUCGCCGCCCAUCCGGCGGGGGCCGCAGCGCGAAGCAAGGAAGGGGAAUGUGUUUUGUGGUAGGAUGCUCAUUGCAUGCAAGGCAGGCCUGCCAGCUGUCGUGGGUGUGUUUGUCUCUAGGCCAUAGCCUGGGGAGUCCUUUGUGUAUGAAUGAAGCAUUCGGUGAGGCCUCAGCUGUCUUGAUGUCUGGUACGACAAUUCAAUCUUAAUUUUUACUUUUACGGUACUGUCGUGAACUAGCCAUCGUCCCAUAGGACAAAUACCUAUAUGCGGUGUAUUACGGAGCAUCUUUCCUGCCGAGCUGUCCUGCAGCCUGGAAUGAGGUGUUUUGUGCCCCUGUUUGCGUGACUCGUGCACCUUGUGUGCUGUACUUCAAUCUGUCAGAGGGGCUGUCUGCCACGUCGUUAAGGUAGGUUGGAGCUCUUGUGGGGUAUCGAGCAGCAGCUGCUGCAGCAGGUUACAGAGCUUGUUGAUCGGUUCCUGUUUACUUUCCAUCUGUGGCAGGAGUCGGGGUGUAGCUUGAUUGCCAAUCUGGGGAAGCUAGUGAUGGCGUUGAUAGGUCAACGUUAAGAUGAUAACCUCAUGGCACACUCACAUACCACGGCCGUGGGCACUCAUGUCUGGUUACGUGCAAUGUGGUUACAACGUUACAUGGCUCCGUAAGCGCCCGUGGAUCACUGUACCAGUAUUCCUGA